UGAUCGCGACAGGUAGAGAUCAUAAUACGAAUAAGCAUUUAAUGCAAUUGUUAGCAGCUGGUGCGAGUAAUCGGAUUGUUGCAAAACUAUAUUUCAUCUCGUUCAAACUUUUUAUUGUGAUUAAAAAAAAAAUUUUCUGCGUAUGUGUGUAUUUUCAGCUUGCAUUACGUAACAUUUAAAAGGACAAAUGUAAUCGGUGAACGACAAUGGCUAAAGUUAAUUUGAAAAGAGUAAUUAAGAAGAGAGUCCCUCUUUUGAAAUGGUUACCGCUGUAUAAAGCGGAAGAAAUACUGGGUGAUCUUGUUGCAGGUAUCACCGUGGGAUUAACCUUGAUACCUCAAGCAAUAGCUUAUGCAGGUUUGGCAGGAUUGAAACCGCAAUAUGGGCUUUAUAGCGCGUUUGUGGGAAGUUUCAUCUAUGUCAUUUUUGGGACGUGUCGUGAAGUCAACAUUGGUCCAACUGCGCUUAUAUCUUUAUUAACUUGGGCAUACGCAAGAGGAAUUCCCGAGUAUACAGCUUUGCUUUGCUUCUUGUCAGGAUGUAUCACAAUAUUUCUUGGCAUUCUGCGCUUAGGGUUUUUAGUUGAAUUUGUCUCAAUUCCGGUAAUAUCCGGGUUUACGUCAGCUGCGAGCGUCAUUAUUGCUUGUAGUCAAAUAAAGAAUUUAUUGGGCUUGGAUAUUCACGGUGAGAAUUUUGUUGAAAUUUGGUGGGAGUUGAUAAACCAUAUAACUGACACUAAAAUACCGGACUUUAUUCUCUCCUGUUGCUGUAUUUUAACUCUAUUAGUCUUGAAGUAUUUAAAGGAUAUAAAAUUUGCCAAUAUCACAUUAAAGAGAUUUCUUUGGAUAAUCGGUACGGCUAGAAACGCUCUCGUGGUCAUCAUUUGUGCAGUUACGUCUUACAUUUUCGAGCUAUACGAUGGAGCACCCUUCAUACUUACGGGCCACAUCGAUGCUGGUCUACCAAAUAUCGAACUGCCUCCAUUUUCAAGGACAAUUAGCCAAAAUCAAACUGAAAGUUUUAUCGAUAUGACUAAGAAUUUCAAGUUUGGCAUCCUGAUUAUACCGCUCAUCUCCAUUAUUGGAAAUGUCGCCAUUGCAAAAGCUUUUUCACGAGGUAUGCCUCUAGACGCCACACAGGAAAUGUUAACUCUUGGACUGUGCAAUGUAAUCGGUUCGUUUUUCCAUUCAAUACCUGUCGCAGGAUCUUUUUCAAGAAGCGCAGUAAAUAAUGCUUCUGGUGUUAGAACACCUUUAGGUGGCAUAUACACAGGUAUUCUAGUCAUACUUGCCCUAAGUUUAUUAACUCCAUAUUUUUAUUAUAUUCCGAAAGCGACAUUGAGUUCUGUCAUAAUUAGUGCAGUGAUAUUUAUGGUAGAAAUUGGCAUAAUACUUCCAAUCUGGAAAUGUAAUAAACGUGAUCUGAUACCGGCAUUUGUUACAUUCUUUGCUAGUCUAUUCGCCGGAGUCGAACUGGGAAUCUUGAUAGGUAUGAUAAUCGAUCUCGCCAUAUUGAUAUACCUUAAUGCACGACCAACAAUAAAUGUCGAAUAUAGAAAUACUUCAAUAACGAAUUACGUCAUGAUUCGUCCUGUUGCUGGAAUUUUGUUUCCAGCAGUAAAUCAUUUGAGAUCGUAUUUAACGAAGGCAUUAUCUCAUAAACAUCACAAAUCUUCAAAAAAUCUCAAUUAUAUCUUGACAAAUAUCGUAUUGGAUUGCGAGCAUAUCGACAAGAUAGACUUUACUGCCGCACAGAGUAUCAGCAUGUUAGUAAAAGACUUUAGGGACAACAAUUGCCAAUUAAUAAUGCUGCGACCAAAUCCUGAUAUUUUAAAAAGUAUACAAUCCUUGUCGCACAAGCAAAUCUUGACAGCAAGAGAUGAAAUUGAGUUAAUUACAAUUUUUAAAAAAUUUAAAGGCAUGAGGCAAAAUACAAAUGUUGAAAUCGAAGUUUCAAAAAGUAAGAUCUCUGAAAUGACGAACGAACUGGCCUCUACAAGGUUGUGAUAUGUUACAAGCAUUUCCUUUACGACAAUAGAACUUGAUAAAUAAAUACAUAUACUGAUUGGUUAUAAUA